AUGGCCAGACCACGCGGCGGCGGUGACGGCGACAGCGACGGCAGCGGCAGAGGAAGAGGAGGAGACGGUGGGGAACCAGAGGGGCGCAAACCAGUCGGCGGGAGGGGUUCUAAUGGCGGCCGAAGCAGGCGCAAGGAGCUCGGUGUCUCCUGCAUGCUCAACACAGAGGUCGGCGCGGUGCUGGCCGUGAUCCGGCGCAGCGGCAGCUCUGAUGGCGGUUCCUUCCUCCCCUCCCCAGACGACGGCAACCCCACUGUCGCAACCGGCCGCAGCGAUUCCCAUCUUCUUCACUCGCUCAAGUCCCUCCGCUCCCUCAUCUUCCAGCCCGGCGUCGGCGAAUGGCGCUCCGUCGAGCCCUCCGUCUACCUCGGCCCCUUCAUCGAGGUCGUCCAGAGCGGAGACGUCCCCGCGGCGGCCACCGGCGUCGCCCUCUCCGCCAUUCUCAAGAUCCUCAAGCUGGACAUCUUCGACGAGAAGACCCCCGGGGCCGGCGAUGCCGUCCACUCUGUGGUGCUCGCCGCCGCAAACUGCCGCCUCGAGAGGACGGACCCCGCGUCGGAGGACGCCGUCCUCAUGAGGAUCCUCCAGGUCCUCACGGCGGUCCUGAGGAAUCCGGCAUCCCUCCUCCUCUCCGACCACGCUGUUUGCACCGUCGUCAACACCUGCUUCCAGGUAGUGCAGCAGUCGGCUUGCAGAGGGCACCUCCUCCAGAGGAACGCCCGCUACACCAUGCACGAGCUGAUCCAGACGAUCUUCGCCCGGCUGCCGGAGAUCCAGGCGGCGGAGCACUCAGAUUCGGACACCGACGGCGACGGUGCCGGCGAAGCCGGGUACGGUGCCCGGUGCAUGGUGCAUAUCUUCCAGUUCCUGUGCUCCCUGAUGAACGUGGUGGAGGUGGUCGACUCGGGGGAAGGGACUGGGUCCUCUUGCUCCGACGAGGCGAUCCAGCUCUUCGCCUUGAUCCUCAUCAGCUCCGCCGUGGAACUCGGGGGAGAAUCCAUCGGCAAUCACCCCAAGCUCCAGAGGAUCAUCCAGGACGACCUUUUCCACCAUCUCAUCCAUUACGGAACCCGCGCGAGUCCCCUCGUUCUCUCCAUGAUCUGCAGCACCGUCCUCAACCUUUACCACUUCCUGCGGGGGUGACUACUCUUCUCCUGGGUUUUCGUUCAUAACUCGGCUUCUGAGAGAUUUUCUUCUUUUCUCGAGCUUAUGAAGCUUGGUCCGAUAAUCUUCGCAGGUCACUGCGGCUCCAGCUUGAGGCGUUCUUCACCUUCGUGCUCCUGAGGAUGGCGGCGGGAACCGCCGGAGCGCAUCUCCAGGAGGUCGCCGUCGAAGGGAUCAUCGGGUUCUGCCGGCAGCCGUCGUUCGUGAUCGAGAUGUACGUGAAUUACGACUGCGACCCCAUCCGCCGCGAUAUCUUCGAGGAGACGGUGAGGUUGCUCUGCAGAGCGGCCUUUCCGACGAACACCCCCUUAUCCCCCAUGCAGAUCCAAGCUUUCGAAGGCCUCACCGCAGUCGUCGACACCAUAGCUGAGAACAUGGACUUCGACCGUUGCCCUGACGGGGAGACCUACCAGAUGGCGAUCACCGAGUUCAAGCCCUUCUGGCUGGAGAGAUCCGACAGCCACUACGACGACCCGGACGCCUGGGUCGAGUUCACCCGCAUGAGGAAGCUCAAGAAGAAGAGGAUCCUACUCGCAGGGAGCCAUUUCAACAGGGACGAGAAGAAAGGGCUGGAGUUCCUGAAGUUCUCCCGCCUGGUGCCCGAAUACCCCGACGCGAAGAGCAUCGCCUUCUUCUUCAGGUACACCCCCGGGCUGGACAAGAACAAGAUGGGAGAUUUCCUGGGGGAGCCAGACGAGUUCAACAUCCAGGUGUUAAGGGAGUUCACGGGGACCUUUGAUUUCUCCGGCGUGAUCUUGGACACGGCUCUGCGGACCUUCCUCGAGACGUUCCGGCUGCCCGGCGAGUCCCAGAAGAUACAGAGGAUCCUCGAGGCCUUCUCGGAGAGAUUCUACGAGCAGCAGUCGGCAGACAUCUUCGCCGGCAUGGACGCUGUCUUCAUCCUCUGCUACUCCCUCAUCAUGCUCAACACUGACCAGCACAACCCACAGGUCAAGAAGAAGAUGACGGAGGAGGAGUUCAUCAGGAACAACAGGGCAAUUAAUGGUGGAAAAGAUCUCCCCCGAGAGUACCUAUCCGAGCUCUUCCAGUCCAUCUCCAACAACGCGAUUACCCUGUUCGGCCAGUCUGGCUCCGCCGCCGAGAUGGCAUCCGCUCGGUGGGUCGACCUGGUGAAGAGAUCCAAACUCGACGAGGCCUUCAUCCUCUGCGAUUACGAGCACAGACUGUGCCGAGAUGCCUUCGCCGCCAUCGCAGGGCCCUCGGUGGCCACACUCUCGGCCAUCUUCGAGCAGACAGACGACGAGGAAAUACUCCAUGAAUGCAUACAAGGAUUCUUCUCCAUAGCCCGGAUUUCACAGCAUGGGCUUCAAGACAUCAUCGACGAGCUAAUCGCCUGCUUCUGCAAAUUCACAGCUCUACUGAAUCCCUACGCGACGGCAGAAGAGACACUUUUCACCUUCAGCAACGACAUAAGGUCGAGAAUGGCGACUCUCGCCGUCUUCACCAUCGCAAACAAAUUUGGCGUCUCCGUUCGCGGGGGUUGGAGGAACGUGCUGGACUGCCUGCUCAGGCUCAAGAAGCUGAAGCUUCUUCCCCAACUUGUGGUUGAAUCCGACAAAUCCACGGAUUCUACCUCUGACUUCUCUUCCCACGUGAAGUCUGAGUCGGGGGUCCUCUUCUCCUCGUCCAACACUUACAGAUUCGGCAGCAGCGGCGGCGAUAGAAAACGAACCUCUGGAUUAAUGGGGAAGUUCUCCCAGUUUCUCUCUCUAGAUAGCGGGGCCGACUCCCUGGCCAAUGUUUGCGGCGAGUUCGAGAACAACCAGAAGAUAAUCCAGCAAUGCCAGAUCGAGAGCAUCUUCGCCGAGAGCUCGAAGCUACCCGACGAGUCGCUGCAGAAUCUUGGGCGGGCCCUCAUCUUCGCCGCCGCUGGGAAAGGCCAGAAGUUCAGCACUCCGGUGGAGGAGGAGGAGACGGUGGGGCUCUGCUGGGAACUCCUCGUGACCAUCACUCUGGCGAAUAUCCACAGGUUUUUGGCCUUCUGGCCGCAGUUCCACGACUACUUCACGGUGGUCGCCCAGUUCCCUCUCUUCUCCCCCUGCCCCUUCUCCGAGAAGGCCAUUCUCGGCCUCUUCACCAUCUGCCUAAAGCUCUUCUCCUCGCCCUCCGCCCACGACAAGCCCUCCGAGGAGCUCAUCUUCAGGUCUGUCAACCUCAUGUGGAAGCUCGACAAGGAGAUAUUUGACACCUGCUGCGAGGGCAUCGCGGAGUCCGCCGCCUGCCUCCUUACGGAGUACAGGGGCACCAUCCAGACACUCCUCGGGUGGAAGACGGUGCUCCAGCUUCUAGCCAUCACCGGCCGGCACCAGGAGACGUACCAUCAGUCGGUAGAGGCUCUGAUUUCGCUCAUGGCUAACGGGAAGGACAUCACCAGAUUCAACUACGGUUACUGCAUGGAGGCUGCACUAGGGUUCGCCGCUUCGAAGACCAGCCAGAUGGAAGACAGCUUGAGAAUCAUCGAUAUGAUGGCGAGCUCUGUUGAAUGGCUGAUCCAGUGGCACAAGUCCGGUCAUGCCGAAUCCGGCGGCCUCCUCAGCAACGCCAGCUCCUGCUCCGUGGAAGAUGGGUCGAAGGCGGUGGGGAGCUCAGGCAACGUGGAGGCCUCCCUGUUCGUUAAGCUCGCCGAAGCGCUGAGGAAGACCAGCAUGGUGCGGCGGGAGGAGAUCCGGAACCACGCCGUGGCCGCCCUUCGGCGCUGCUUCGCGGCGGCGGCGGCAGAGCUAGAGUUUCCGCCCGCCAGCUGCAUCGGGUGCUUCAACCACAUAAUCUUCGCCAUGGUCGAUGACCUGCACGAGAAGAUGGUGGAGUACUCGCGGCGCGAGGGGUCGGAGAGGGAGAUGAGGAGCAUGGAGGGGACUCUCAAGGAAGCCAUGGAGCUCCUGGUGGACGUGUACCUGCGCUUCCUGACGAGCUUACACCAGAGCCCCAGUUUCCGGACCUUCUGGCUAGGGUUUCUACGGCGGAUGGACACCUGCAUGAAGGGGGACGCGGGGCUGCUGCAGGAUUUGGUUCCGAAGCUGCUGAAGAAGGUGAUAAUCGAGAUGAGGGAGAAGGAGAUCCUCAUCCAGAGAGACGGGGACGAGUUGUGGGAGAUAACCAACAUUCAGAUACAGUGGAUAGCUCCUGACAUCAAGGACGAACUCUUCCCCGAGGAUUUCUAA